ACACUUAUGCUGAGGAAUACGACUUGGAAGAAUCCCAAGACUUCCUGACUUACCCCAUUAUCCAUGACACUCAACACGAAACCAUCAAGUCCUUGAAUGAACUUUGCGACCUAACUGAGAUUGAAGUUUACACUCAAGAAGUAUCCGAAAGUUAUAAACAAAAAAAAUUAGUUUUUAGCUACUUAACCAUAGAAAUCGAAGAACUAGAAAAGAAAAACCUAAUGGAAAUUUUUGACUUCUUAGUGCAAAAGCAUUUAGAAAGAAAUCAAGGUUUUGAAGAUCCUUUAGCACUACAAACCGAAAUGAAAGGUUAUUAUAAUGCUUUCCAAGAAGUAGAAAUCAAACAGGAUACUCAACUUUUAAAACAAAUUAGCAAACAGUUAGAAGCAAUCACCACUAGGUUGGAAAAGAACUACCAGUUUAUUCGCCUUGAACAGAGAACCCCAAUUUAA